GCCAAGAACCCUUUCCUUUGAAGCUUUCCAUGGCUGAUCGAACAUUAAUUCGAAUCUUCUAUAGUUAAAGCUACUAUCAAAAAUCAUAAUCACCAAACACUCUAAAUCUUCUAAAACCCUAACACCACCACCAUCCGCCGCCACCAAUGGCGACGAGACGAUCCGCACCACACCUUCUCAAACAGCUCUUCGCCUCACGCCACCACCUCAACCCAACCCGCCACGUAACCUACAUGCCUCGUCCCGGAGACGGAACACCACGAAGCGUAACUCUCAUCCCCGGCGACGGAAUUGGACCACUAGUAACCGGCGCAGUCGAACAAGUAAUGGAAGCGAUGCACGCUCCUAUUUACUUCGAGAAAUACGAAGUCCACGGUGACAUGAAGGCGGUGCCAUCAGAAGUGCUGGAAUCAAUAAAGAAGAAUAAGGUUUGUUUGAAGGGAGGACUUGCUACUCCUAUGGGCGGUGGUGUUAGUUCCCUUAACGUGCAAUUGAGGAAGGAACUUGAUCUCUAUGCUUCACUUGUUAACUGCUUUAACCUCCCUGGUUUGCCUACAAGGCAUGAUAAUGUUGAUAUUGUUGUUAUUAGGGAGAAUACUGAGGGAGAGUAUUCUGGCCUUGAACAUGAGGUUGUUCCCGGCGUUGUUGAAAGCCUCAAGGUAAUAACAAAGUUCUGUUCGGAGCGCAUUGCUAAAUAUGCUUUCGAGUAUGCUUAUCUAAAUAACAGAAAGAAGGUGACUGCUGUGCACAAAGCAAACAUCAUGAAACUUGCAGAUGGUUUAUUCUUGGAAUCUUGUCGAGAGGUUGCUACAAAGUAUCCUGGAAUCAAGUAUAAUGAAAUUAUUGUAGAUAACUGUUGCAUGCAGCUUGUUUCAAAGCCUGAACAAUUUGAUGUCAUGGUAACUCCCAAUCUUUAUGGAAAUCUUGUUGCAAAUACAGCGGCAGGCAUUGCUGGAGGCACUGGUGUCAUGCCAGGAGGUAAUGUUGGGGCUGACUACGCUGUAUUUGAACAAGGAGCUUCAGCCGGAAAUGUUGGUAACGACAAAGUAGUGCAACAAAAGAAAGCCAACCCCGUGGCACUCCUCCUUUCAUCGGCAAUGAUGCUUAGACAUCUUCAGUUUCCUGCAUUCGCUGACCGAUUGGAAACUGCUGUCAAAAGAGUCAUUUUAGAGGGAAGAUACCGGACAAAGGACCUUGGAGGUACAAGCACCACCCAAGAGGUUGUUGAUGCCGUGAUAGAUGCAUUACAUUAAUUAUAUAUUCCCUUGCUUGUCUCCCAAAUGAAGUUAGCAUUGGAAAUUUUCUGCUAAUUUUCGAGAAAGUUUUGCACUCUUUAAAGGUGAGAUUGCCAAUUUUUUAUCCUGAAUAAUGCUUAUCCAACACAUAAUAUGAUGUGAUACAAAGAUUGAUGAGAGCUGUUCUCUGUGCCCCACUUUUUUGGAUGUUGUAAUUUUAUAUGGGCUAUUAGUUCUUAACGUUUUGAAAAUAAAAUUAUUGGGUUAACAUCAUGUGUAAUGCAUUGGACCCUUGUAGUGAACUAUAAGUCAAAUGAAUUCUAUAGUAGAAAGUUAUAAAAUUCAAGACACUU